AUGCCUUCUGUCACUUCUGAGCCACCCAAGGUGGAAUCCCGUUUACUGCUCGUGUCAAAUCGUCUUCCCAUCACUAUCAAACGAUCUCCAGACGGAAAAUACGACUAUUCCAUGUCAUCUGGUGGGCUGGUGACUGGUCUCAGUGGCUUAUCAAAGACCACGACAUUUCAGUGGUAUGGCUGGCCCGGUUUAGAAAUUCCAGAAGCUGAGAUCGAGGAUGUUACAACGAAACUGAAGGACGAAUUCAAUGCCGUUCCAGUCUUCAUGGCUGACGAAUUGGCCGAUCGGCAUUACAACGGGUUCUCAAAUUCCAUCAUGUGGCCCUUGUUUCAUUAUCACCCAGGCGAGAUCACCUUUGAUGAAUCAGCGUGGAAAGCCUAUGAAGAAGCGAACCGACUCUUUGCUCGUGCGAUCGCCGAAGAAGUGCAAGAUGGUGACCUCGUAUGGGUUCACGACUAUCAUCUCAUGCUUCUUCCUCAGAUGCUUCGACAAGAAAUAGGCACCUCCAAAUCCAAUGUCAAGAUCGGUUUCUUCUUGCACACACCCUUUCCCUCAAGCGAAAUCUACCGCAUAUUACCCGUUCGCAAUGAGAUUCUCCUUGGUGUUCUGCAUUGUGACCUGAUUGGGUUCCACACUUAUGAUUAUGCUCGACACUUCUUGAGCAGCUGUUCUCGAAUCCUCGGCUAUUCAACAACCCCAAACGGCGUCGAGUUUGGAGGCAAGAUUGUUACAGUUGGCGCCUUUCCGAUUGGUAUUGAUCCUGAGAAGUUCACCGAAGGCCUGAAGAAGGAAAAGGUCCAGAAACGAAUAGCAGUGCUGGAAGAAAAGUUCAAAGGGGUCAAAUUGAUCGUUGGUGUCGAUCGUCUCGACUACAUCAAAGGAGUGCCACAGAAGCUACAUGCAUUGGAGGUGUUCCUGACCGACCACCCCGAAUGGAUUGGUAAGGUUGUACUCGUGCAAGUGGCGGUUCCAAGUAGACAGGAUGUCGAGGAGUAUCAGAAUCUUCGUGCCGGUGUCAAUGAACUUGUUGGACGGAUCAACGGCAAAUUCGGUACCAUUGAAUUCAUGCCAAUCCAUUUCAUGCAUCAGUCAGUCAAUUUUGACGAGCUGAUUGCCCUCUAUGCAGUUUCAGAUGUCUGCUUGGUCUCUUCAACACGUGACGGCAUGAAUCUAGUUUCAUUCGAAUACAUUGCCAGCCAAGAGAAACGCAACGGAGUCCUUAUUCUGUCCGAGUUUGCUGGUGCUGCACAGAGUCUCAACGGUAGCAUCCUCGUCAACCCAUGGAACACCGAAGAAUUGGCAGGCGCAAUCCAAGAAGCCGUCACUAUGAGCCCUGAGCAUCGUGCCAUAAAUUAUGCCAAGUUGCACAAAUAUGUCUCGAAAUAUACUAGUGCCUUUUGGGGUCAAUCAUUCGUUGCAGAAUUGACGAGGAUAUCUGCUCAAGGCGAGCGAAAGCUAAAACUCCGCCGUGCUUCUCUGAUCAAGCCUCAGCCCACAAUUUCAGAAACUCAAGAGCCCAAGUUGGACAACCUCAAGGCAGAUGAAGACAAGGAGGCCGGAGAAGCACCAGAAUUGGAAAAGGUCCAAAGCCGAUCACAAACACUAUGA